CUGCUUGUACAAAUUAACGAGCUAUAGUGAAUAAGAAAAACAUAAACCUCUCCUAAUUCCUCUAUCCCGUAGCUUAUACACAAAAAUGAGCACAGCCCAUGUUUUUGUUAUGUUUGAGUUAAUGAUUAUUAUUAUUACAAGAGUGGAAGGUAGAUGCUUCAGUGGCUGCAGCCUUGCUCUAGCUUCCUAUUACAUACGAGAAGGCAUAGACCUGACUUACAUUAGCAACCUCUUCGGAAGGCCCACAUCGGAGAUUAUGAAGUACAACCCAAACGUGACAAACCCUGACCAGAUUAGCAGCGAAACGCGGAUAAAAGUGCCGUUUUCGUGUGAUUGCUUGAACGGUGAAUUUUUGGGGCACACUUUCUCGUACGCAACCCAACAUGGCGACACAUACAAGAUAAUUGCCAAGGAUGAUUUCUCGAACCUCACGAGCCAGGAUUGGGUGAGCAGGGUCAACAACUACCCACCCAAUGAUAUACCCGCAAGCGUCAACAUCAAUGUCACCGUUAACUGCUCCUGCGGAAACCCACACGUGUCCAAGGAUUAUGGCCUUUUCAUCACGUACCCGCUUCGCCUCGGUGACGACUUGCAAGGGCUGGCGGCAGAAUCCGGUGUGCCGGCGGAGCUCCUGCUACGCUACAACCCCAACUCGGAUUUCAGUGCCGGGCAUGGACUUGUGUUUCUGCCGGCCAAAGAUGAAAAUGGAAGCUUUCCACCAAUGCAGCUGGGAUCAUCAGGAAUGUCUAGUGGAGCCAUUGCUGGCGUAGCUGUUGGAGGAGCUGCUGGGAUCUUAAUUUUGGCACUUCUUAUAUAUGUUGGACUAAACAGAAGAAGGAAAGUGGCUGAGGCACCCCUUCUCCCACUCCCAGGAGCAUCUGGAGAUCACUGUAGUCCACUCAAUCAUGGUAUUGGUAUUGGAAGCAGCUUGGACAAGACAUCAGAAUCUUCUGCUGUUGCUUCUCCAAGGUUGACAGGGAUAACAGUGGAUAAGUCAGUGGAGUUCUCAUAUGAGGAGCUAGCCAAGGCUACUGAUGGCUUUAGCGUGGGUAAUAUAAUUGGUCAAGGUGGCUUUGGAUCUGUUUACUAUGCUGAGCUUCGGAAUGAGAAAGCUGCUAUUAAAAAGAUGGAUAUGCAAGCAUCAAAUGAAUUCCUUGCUGAACUAAAGGUUCUUACACACGUCCAUCACUUGAACUUGGUGCGGCUAAUAGGAUAUUGUGUUGAGGGCUCCUUAUUUUUGGUUUAUGAGUAUAUUGAGAACGGCAAUUUAAGUCAACAUUUGCGAGGCUCAGGGAGGGAUCCGUUAACAUGGGCAGCUAGAGUUCAAAUUGCCCUUGAUGCAGCAAGAGGACUGGAAUACAUCCAUGAGCAUACAGUUCCUGUCUACAUCCACAGAGAUAUUAAAUCAGCAAACAUUUUGAUAGACAAAAACUUUCGUGCAAAGGUUGCAGAUUUUGGUCUCGCAAAGUUGACUGAGUACGGUAGUUCUUCAUUGCAAACGCGUCUUGUGGGUACAUUUGGUUAUAUGCCUCCGGAAUAUGCACAAUAUGGUGAAGUUUCCCCCAAAAUAGAUGUAUAUGCUUUCGGAGUUGUUCUCUAUGAACUCAUAUCAGGCAAGGAAGCUAUCGUCAAGACAAACGAAUCUGAGAAUGACUCAAAAGGAUUAGUUGCCUUGUUUGAAGAAGUUCCUGGCCUGCCAGACUCAAAAGAAGAUCUUCGUCAACUUGUUGACCCUAGACUUGGUGACAACUACCCUCUUGACUCAGUACUUAAGGUGUCUCAGCUUGCUAAAGCAUGUACACAUGAAAACCCUCAACUUAGGCCAAGCAUGAGAUCAAUUGUAGUUGCCUUAAUGACACUUUCAUCUUCAACUGAGGAUUGGGAUGUUGGCUCCUUUUAUGAAAACCAAGCUCUAGUGCACCUAAUGUCUGGAAGGUAGCAAGUUCCUUUGGAAGGAUUGAAUCCCGAUUUCUGAACACCACAAUGCAUGCUUGGAUAUUAAUUUCAAUUGUGAAUUUGUAAAUAAAAGGUAUAUAUGAUAAUUAUCUACUAAUUUAUUUUUUUAAAAUAAACACUUUUUGUCACAGUGAUGCAUUGAAAUGAGGAUCCAACGUUGUCAGAUAAAGUAACUACUGCUGUCUGAUAUGUUUGAUAUAAA